CGUGGAAACAAACUUAUCCCAAGUUUCUAGAGAGAGACUAGGGUUUGCUCUCUUGAUUUUGGGGGUUUUCGAUUUCUAGGGUUUGUGAGUUUCUCUUCAAUUCAAAAAUGGACGUUGACGGCGCUAGGAAAUCAGGAACCGUCAAAUGGUUCAACGAUACUAAGGGAUUUGGGUUCAUCACUCCUGAAGAUGGCGGCGAGGAGCUUUUUGUUCACCAGUCGUCCAUCAGAACUGAGGGAUUCCGCAGCCUUGGUGACGGUGAGACCGUGGAGUACGUGAUUGAGAACGGAUCUGAUGGCCGUACUAAAGCUGCUGAUGUUACUGGUCCCAAUGAAGGUCCUGUCCAGGGGAGUACCCGUGGUGGUGGUGGUGGAGGCCGUGGAGGCGGCGGUGGUGAUCGUUAUGGAGGCGGCGGUGGUGAUCGUUAUGGAGGCGGUGGUGGUGGGUACAACGGUGGUAGCCGUGGAGGACGUGGCGGUGGUGGAUACGGUGGAGGAGGCGGUGGUUAUGGUGGAGGCGGUGGUUAUGGAGGAGGUGGCGGUGGUGGAAACGCUUGUUUCAAGUGUGGUGAAAGUGGACACAUGGCUAGGGAAUGUACUCAGAACGGUGGUGGAGGCGGAGGAUAUGGUGGUGGAGGACGUGGAGGUGGAGGUUAUGGAGGUGGCGGAGGUCGCGGAGGUGGUGGCGGUGGCGGCGGCGGCUGCUACAACUGUGGUGAAGAUGGACACUUCGCCAGAGAAUGCCCUACAUCUAACAACCGUUGAUCUGCUACCAUGGAUGAUGGAGGAUAAAGGGUAAAUGUGUUUCUUCACAUUUGCUUUGCAUCCAUACAUCAUUCUAUUUACUUUUUUGCUUUUUCUGUGUUGAUGAAUCAAUGGGUGAACCAUAGUUUAAUAUGCUUGCUUUUGAUAUGAGUUUUUGGUUUGGUUUGCUACUUCAAGUCUGUUAAUUAGGGUUUCGGAUAUGGCACCUAUUUAUUUUAAUUUUUCAAGUCCUUUACUAGAAAAAAAAGAUUAGGGUUUUCAAGUACUACUUAACUAUGGUCUUUAUGAGAAAUCUGGAUGUAUACAUGCUGGAGGUUUAAUGGAAGCCAUUUAUGAAUGAAAAAGAAAACAAGGGUUACCCUAAUUAUCUCA